UGUAAGGGUUCUUAGCACAAUCAAAACUAAAACUAAAGAUGUCUACAAUGGCUUCUCUUAUUGCCACUCUAAUGGUGGCAAUAGUGGCUCUAUCCUUGCCUUUUGUAACCAAUGCAGAUGACGAUAAACCUUAUAUUUACAAGUCUCCACCACCACCAGUAUACAAGUCUCCACCGCCUCCGGUCUACAAGUCACCACCUCCACCGAAGAAACCCUAUGUCUACAAAUCUCCACCACCACCCCCAAAGAAGCCUUAUGAAUACAAGUCUCCACCACCACCACCAAAGAAGCCUUAUGUCUACAAGUCUCCACCACCACCCCCGAAGAAGCCUUAUGAAUACAAGUCUCCACCACCACCACCAAAGAAGCCUUAUGUCUACAAGUCUCCACCACCACCCCCGAAGAAGCCUUAUGAAUACAAGUCUCCACCACCACCACCAAAGAAGCCUUAUGUCUACAAGUCUCCACCACCACCCCCGAAGAAGCCUUAUGAAUACAAGUCUCCACCACCACCACCAAAGAAGCCUUAUAUCUACAAGUCUCCACCACCACCGCCUCCAGUAUAUAAGUCUCCACCACCUCCCGAGUACAAGUCACCACCUCCACCGAAGAAACCCUAUGUCUACAAGUCUCCACCACCACCCCCAAAAAAGCCUUAUGUGUACAAGUCUCCACCACCACCACCUACCCCGAAGAAACCCUAUGUGUACAAGUCCCCACCACCACCACCUCCGGUUUACAAGUACAAGUCCCCACCACCUCCAGUUUACAAGUACAAGUCUCCUCCACCUCCUCACCACGACUAAGAAAGGCCAAUCCAUUCUUGCAGGAAGGAGAAGAUUUCCAGAAUAAAGAAGAAAUGGAUAUGCUGAAAAUGAUUUUUGAGGAAGAAUGAAAGCGAUGGAAGAAGAAUAGAAUAAGCUAUAUAUACUGCAGAAGAAGUUGUCAUAAUUUUCUUCAGUUUGUUUAUUUUAUUAAGAUUAGCGUCCCUAUGUUUUACGUAGCAAGCCAUGCAUGGUUGUAUGCAGAGUGUUUCAUGAUUUAUAUAAUAAAUAAGUGAAUGUUCAUGUUCUUGUUUAAUGGAA